AUGGAGACCUCCCCUGCCCAUUUCAAUGCCAGCGUCGAGCCUUCUGCACUGAGUGGCCGUCUGGAUUUCGGGAAGAUGGGUUACGGGUUCGUAUAUUUUGUUACUCAUUGCUCCUGGGGCUGUCUGUAUUUUAUCUCUACCUUUGUCUGUGCGUAUUGAUUUUAUGAGCUGCGGCGCGCUCCACAGUUGUAAGCACUACAGGAGGAGGUGCAAGAUUAGAGCACCCUGCUGCAACGAGGUCUUCACCUGCCGUCACUGUCACAACGAAUCCACGGUAUUUCUCUUCCCACGGCGCCCUCAUCUGCCUCAUGACUCUCGCUCUUUCUUUUCUACUCCUGGCUUGGCACGGAUUUCAUCUUUUUCCUCUCUCUCUCUCUGGCCCUUGUCCUGGAGGACGCAAAAGUCUGAUCAGCACGAGCUACCCCGCCAGGAAGUUCAGAGGGUGAGCCCAUCAUUCUCCAUUUGGACUUGCCCCAUUAUUUGGCCGCUCGACCUCGAUCGACUGAGGGUUGAUUUCGGAUUUUGGUCUCGCCAGGUGAUCUGCUUGAUCUGUGACACAGAGCAACCGGUGAACACCCUCCAUCGACGACCUUGCCUACAACUGUGAAUAGAUUUAUAUGCGUCUGACCAUUUCUUCGCCCUUCUUCCCCAACGUCGGUUGACAUCAUUCCCGGUGUUUCCCCAUCUUCCCUCCAGGCCGGGAGAGUAUGCUUAAACUGUGGGGUGAACAUGGGAGAGUACUUCUGUGGCAUUUGCAAGUUCUACGACGAUGAUGUAAGCAGUUCAUUCAUUGCUCGAUCACUUCCCUUUUGAUGUUCUUGUGGCGUCUAGAAUGAUUACUUGAUUACACUUGAUCGGGUGCUCAUUCUUUUGAUGAAUUCUUUCAGACCGAGAAGAAACAGUAUCACUGCGAUGACUGCGGUAUAUGCAGGUCAGCAAUAUCUUCGGCUGUUCUUGUUUAAUUCUCACAUAAACUGGGCACAAUUUUCCUUUUUUGCGUAGAGAGACGUUGACUUAAAUCGUUUUGAAAACCAGAGUCGGUGGGCGAGAAAACUUCUUCCACUGCCAGAAGUGCGGUACGUCCUGUUCAUCCCGUUUUCUCUCUGGGCAUGAUUAAAUCAUUAUUUGGGGGUAGAAUUCGCUCCUCGUAGGCUCAUUUGCUCCAUAAUGCCACGCAAUUUUCCACAGCAAUGGAUCUAUUAGGCCGAGAGUAGGUUUGCCCCUCUUGUUUACAGCUCUCUGUAAUGCGAUCGCAGGGUCUUGCUAUUCGGGCCAGCUCCGAAACAAGCACCUGUGCGUGGAAAAUUCGAUGAGGCACCACUGUCCCAUCUGUUACGAGGUAUCUUUCUCUCGUGGGGACGCUCCCCCAUAAGCUCGGGGGCAGAGACGCUCACGUGGAACUUUCCUCGCAGUACCUCUUCGACUCGCUCAAGGAGACGAGGGUCCUGCGGUGUGGUCACACGAUGCAUUCAGAAUGUCUGAACGAGAUGCUGCGGCAUUACCAGUAACAUCCUGCUCUCCCUCGUUGUCGGCUGCCAUUAUUUCUAUAGCCCAUCCCGAUUUCAUGACUCGUGCCAUCCACCAGAUACACCUGCCCCAUCUGCUCAAAGUCGGUGAUCGACGUGUUCAGAAGCUGGAAGGACCGCGAAGACGAAGAGGUCAGCGCGUCUAAAACGCCCCCCCUCCCAUUGCACACCCCUGCAGCUUGUUCACCAUCGUUCAUCGUCUUCAGGUUAACGCGACAGCGGUGCCCGACGAUUACCACAACAGAAAGGUACGUGAUACCGUGUACCCUCUGCUUUUCUUUUCUCUUUUUUUUUUUUGGUUCUAUUAAUCGAUGGGCGCCAACGUGGUGAAUGGCUCGCCGGUUCUAUGGGUCAACCGGAGAAGUUGAAAGGGGGCUGGACUGGGGAGAGGGAGCGGUGGUUUCGUGAUGGGUCCGUCUAAUGUCGUCCGAUGCAGGUGUGGAUCGCCUGUAAUGACUGCGACGACACGACUGAGUUGGCCUUCCACGUAGUUGGGAUGAAGUGUAGGCACUGCCGCUCUCACAACACCCGCACCAUCGCUCCUCCUGUGCUUCCCCAGUGA